AGGCUACCGUAGAAGACUCAGGCGUUUGGCGCCCGCCCAGUGUUGCAGACAAGAGAUAAAGCUCAGGUUGACCGCGUGGUAAAGUGUCAUCAGAGGAGCAAUUUUUCUUCUUACAAUCCCACGUAUGCAGAAACGUAACUGCAAACGCACCUUUGGGUCUAAUUUACGGUAGAUUAUUAUUUUUUUUGCUUCACCAAAGCAACCGGGCGGAAGCUGCGUCUGAUCAUUUUGGACUUCAAGGCAGGAAACGCAGUUUGAGCAGAAAGAGUGAGAAACAACGUUACCAAAACAUUGUUAACAAACCUUAGCUACAGCAUUGAAACCUGUUCGUGUGAGUACACUAUGGGUGUAUGCUCUUUGUGCAACUGUAGCGCUUUUACGCACGGUAACCCUAGUGGAGCUAAACGUCUGAGCAUGUACUUUGUGAUCAGUCGUAAUAUUGGGCCUUUUUACGGUGGUUUUGAGUCUUUAAAAUGGCGUGCAUGACUCUAUCCAUAGUAGAUCUUAGAAGUUGCACUACUAACUCGUGUUUUAAAGAGCUUUCUUGCACAUGCAUCCAUACACAUGAUGCAUGACAGGUGUUAAGGAAAUCUAGAUACAGCCAGGCCUGCUAACAUUAGAGUUAGCACAUAGGCUAAUCUUACAUUGCUAGUUUUCGACAUGUGUUGUUCAAAAGCGUAUAUAUUCCGUUCACGGUUUAGUUUUGGAUAAAUGCCGUUGUAUGCUGCUGUAUUAUUGUCUUACGGUUUUUCUUGUAAAUGUUUCACUGCGUCUUUUCCUCUAAUGUUACCUGGAGGUGCGCAGCAGCUUCAUGCGUAAAUGUUCAUUCAUGCCCCUGACUGAAGCUGGCUAAAGUCUCCCUCUCUCAUUUUUUCACAUUAGUGCACAGCAUGGGGAAGAAACAGAAUGUGAAGGGUAAGAAGGAGACUCCAGAGGCACAGGAGGAACCCGAGGAGUUUGUUGUGGAAAAAGUGCUCGACCAGCGCAUUGUGAAUGGGAAAGUAGAGUUCUACCUGAAGUGGAAAGGAUUUACAGAGUGAGUUGCCUGGGACACCUGGCCCCCGCUGAGCUGGAAGUGCUUCCCUGGUAUGGGGUUGUGCUAUGCUUUUGUUUAUAGUCAUUUGACUUGCAUGAUGAUGCUUUUAAUUUGUCUUAAAGCUGGUUUAAAGUUUACCACAUAGCUUGCAUCUGUUACAAUGGAAGUUGGCGUUAAGAGGUUGUUUUGAGUUGUAAAUGAUGAGUCCCUUUUCCUGCUGAUUUAGUGCAGACAAUACCUGGGAGCCAGAGGAGAACCUGGACUGUCCAGAGCUGAUAUCGGCAUUUUUGGAGGCACAGAAGAAUGUGAAGGAGAAGCCUGCUGCCAUGAAGAGGAAGGCGUCCACAGAUGAGCCUGAGACAGGUGCCAAGAAGACAGAUGUGGUAAGUUUCAGAUGAUGCUAAAUAUGACUUUUGUACCAGCAAAAGAGGGUACAGAACUUAAAUUAGCAGUGGCAGUCCAACAGUAGAAUAGUUUUCAAAAUAAAGAAAAAAGAGGAGAUGACUUACUGGCAUAUAUAGUAAAUUAGGGUGGCUUCAUACAAAAGUGAUCUGUGACAGUGAUUUUGGAGCAGUAACUGUAAAAAUAUAAAUAGGAAACUGAGAACUUGACUUGGAUAUAAUGUUAUGUAAUCCAGUGUAUUUUUAAUUCUGUUUAUAACUGUGUGAGAGGCAAGGCCAUGCACAGCAAUAGUUACUGAAACACGUGUAAGAUAAAAGAAACAGUAGGAUCUGUCAGAGGCAGGAUGUCGGCUUUGAAAUGAAAAUAGAAACACUUGAAAUAAAGUAUAAUGGUAUCAAUAGUAACAGGAGUAGAUGGAACAUUGAUGCACUUGUACGAGAAGCUGUAAGUUGCAUGAAAUUUAGCCAUUAAAAGUGCUUUAAAGAAAAUAGUCAAAGGCACAGACGAAAAAUAUUUUUGCAUUGUUCUGUUUGAAACUUAAAAACCAAACGGCUUUGUCACUCUGUAUUAAACAAAUAGGAAUCAUAAAAAAAUUGAUAAAUAUGAAUCAAGGUUCUUUUGUAUGCUUAUGUGCUUUGCUUUCACCUCUUACAGGCUGAGAAACCUCGUGGUUUUGCCAGGAACCUUGAACCGGAACGGAUCAUUGGUGCGACAGACAGCAGUGGGGAGCUGAUGUUCCUGAUGAAAUGGUUAGUGAAAACUGUCUUUGACUCAUAUGUUUUAUCGAGUCCUCUACUUGAAGAAAGUUAUGUGUAAACUACUAUGAGGCCUUGUGGAGCUCUGUGAAACUUUCUGAACGUUCAAAGAGUUUUUGAAGAGCUCACUUCAAGCCUCAUAAUUCCAUCAGUUUGUUGAUUUUUCCUUGUGACUUUCUGGCUUUAAUGUCUCUAUCAGGGAUAAACAAACUACAUCUGGCUGCUGCAGUCUCACAAAUUCUCUUCAUUUGAGUCACCACUAACCUAAUGUGAUGGAUUAAGGAUUUGGAAUGAAUGUAGCACAGCUGCUUUAGCUGUAACAUUUCCCGUCUUUCUCACUCAAACUUGUUUAGGAAAGACUCAGAUGAAGCUGAUCUGGUCCCGGCCCGGGAGGCCAACACCCGCUGCCCUCAGGUGGUCAUUUCUUUCUAUGAGGAGAGGCUGACAUGGCACGCCUGCCCGGAGGAUGAAGCUCAGUAGUACUCCCCUCUCGGCUCUGCAGUUCCUUGCACCACCUCUUCCCUUUUCCUCAGGACUGAAUUGUCUCCUCUGGCUUGCCUUUUAGUUUUAGUGUCUUAGUUAUAUUCUGGAGAUGUUUCAAUCCUCGCAGCGUGUGGCAGUCAAGGUGAGCCAUGUUGUACAUAAGAGCUGAAUGAGUUGUUAAAAGAGCAGGUGAUGGAUCUGUGACCUUUCUGUCUUCCAGCAGCAUAAUGAUUGAUGUGAAGGAAGUUUAGUUUGAUCGUUCUCUGUAAUAGAAACCAACAAAGCCUGUAUUCAUGAAAACAUCCGUUUUGUAAGUUCUAAAUUGCUAAAUUUGUCUGUUACCGUUAACCACCCCACGACCCUCAGUCUCACCCUACAUGAGGACCUUUUCUUUUCACAGUAUUUCUCAAAUGUUUUGUUCUAAAAGUGAAUUUUGUAUACCCAGCUUGUAAAUAUAAUUGAAGUUCUAAUAAAGGUUUUAUGUGACCAAACUCCACAGUCAGAA